GACAGGGACGCGAGCUGCGGCUGACAACUACCGGCAUUUCAACCGGAGACGCGAAGGCCGUCAUCCCAGGCGGCCGGACUCCGCCUCUCGCAAUGCUGCGGUGGCUGAUAGGAGGGGGGCGCGAGCCGCAAGGCUUGGCCGAGAAAUCUAUACAGACUAUUGGUGAAGAACAAGCUCAGAAUCCAUAUACUGAGCUUCUUGUGCUGAAAAGUCACCAUGAUAUAGUGCGUUUUCUAGUGGCAAUUGAUGAUUACCGUUUUGCAUCUGCUGGUGAUGAUGGAAUUGUAUGUCUCUGGAAUGUCCAGACUGGAGAAAAGUUAUUUGAGCUACAUGCACAUACACAAAAAAUAACAGCUCUUGCAGCUUUUCCUUUGUCAGAUACCUGUGAAGAAAAAUGCCAUAUGAUUUUGACAGCAAGUGCUGACAGAACUGUAGUUGUUUGGGAUUGUGACAAUGGCAGACAAAUUCACAGGGUAUCUUGUUUUCAUUCCACCGUAAAGUGUUUGACUGUUCUUCAAAGAAUGGAUAUAUGGCUUUCUGGAGGAAGUGAUUUGUGUGUUUGGAACCGAAAAUUAGACCUCUUGUGUAAAACAAGUCAUCUAAUUGAUGCAGAUAUCACUGCUAUGAUUGAAUUGCCGAAAAAUUGUGUGGCAGCAGCUAUUGGCAAAGAAUUGAUAAUUCUAAGAUUGAAAGCUUCCAGAGAUGGAACCCAAUGGGAUGUGUCUGAAAUAAAACGACUUAUUGAUCACCAGGAUAAUAUUGUGUCAUUGGUCAGUGUCAGUGAUUUGAUUUUUGCGACUGGCUCUCAUGCUGGUGAAAUGAUUGUGUGGGAUUCAUUGGACUGGACAAUGCGAGCAUAUGAAUGCAGUUGGGAUGCAUCUCUUCAUGUGAACCCCCAGCAAGAAAUAAAAUUAUCACAAAGUCAAAGUAAAAUGUCAAUUCAAGAUUUAACUUCUGAUGAUGAGUGUAUUUUUGCUGCUGUUGGUAAAGGGAUAUAUGUAUAUAACCUUCAGAUGAAACGUGUGAUUGCCUUCCAGAAGACUGCUCAUGAUUCCACUGUCCUGCAUAUUACCAACAUUCCCAAAAGGAAAUUAAUAUCUUGUUCAGAAGAUGGUAGUGUUCGUAUGUGGGAAUUACAUGAAAAACAACAUCUUACAGCUGAACCUGUUCCAUCAGGUUUUUUCAGUAUCUGGGGAUUUAGUAGGACAAACAAGCAAGCAAAUCACACAGCUAAAAAGGCACCAGAGAGUGCUACUAUUUUUUCCCUUGACCUUACUGGGGAUCUGAUUGGACACUCUGCAGCUGUGCAGAUGUUCCUUUAUUUUGGUGAGCAUGGCCUAGCAACAUGUUCUGCUGAUCACCUUAUUAUUCUAUGGAAAGAUGGAGAACGAGAGUCAAGACUGCGCAGUUUAAUAUUAUUUCAUAAGUUGGAACAAAUUGAAGAUUUGCAUUUAAGGUGUGAGAUGAAGUAAUGUAUAAAAUACAAACAGGCUGUUUAUAUUAAAUAUUUAAAAUAACUGUGGGUAUAAUUUUAUGUUUGUUUUAAAAAUGUAUUUAAGGGGUGUUUUUCCUUACUGAAUUCGUCAGUAAGAAUUCGAGGAACCAGCAGUAUUAGUUUCACACAGAAACCGAGUUUUGGUACACAGACCAUUCUAUUUAGCCCACAAUACCUUAAUCAGGAACAUUGCCAAAUGUUGGAUUUUUCACUAGAUAAAUACACCAAGGUUCUGAUGGUGCCUUGAAGCACUUCCUUACAUUUCCCUAAAGACAGUUAAAACAAAUAUAUAGUUUGAGUUCAGUCACUAGUUACUAGGUACUGCCCUUUGCCAGAUCCCAGGAAAAGCAAAAUUUCAUUUAAGGAAUGGCAGGUAUGAGUAUCUAAUGUCCCAAAAACCUUUUUGACCAAAUUCAGAUUGUUGUACAGCCCUAUUAGACACUAGAUAUUAGAAUGGCAUAUUUUCUUGCCAAGAAAUAGCAUUUGAUGAUAAAUAAUAGAAGCAAUCAACUGGUAUUUCAUUUUGAAGACCUUGCUUUGCUCUAAUUUAACAUACAGCAUAACAAAUACACUUAUUGUGAUUUUAUGCCAAAUGUUGAGAUUCUGGCCAGACAAGUCUUUAGUGAAUUUCUGAUUUGUGAGUUUGAAGGAUCCUCUUUGUCAGGAAGUAACAGUUUAAGAUCUAUGGAUUUUCAAGCUAUUCUUUCCCUAUAUGUGGUCAGGGUUAAAUUGAAUGGUAAGGCAGAUUUCUAUAGAGAAUUUAUUAGAGCUUUAGAAAUAUGUUGUAGAUUUGUACAAAAUAAAUCUUUUAGGCAAAGAAUUUCAUUGAUUUUUCAGCUCAAAUAUUUUGAGAAAAUAAUGUGGCCUAUAUUUGUUUUUCAAAGUCUAUAUUAUUUAGGACAGUUUGUGAGCAAAAACGUUAUUGUGCAAAUUAGUAGAAGUAUGCUGAAACAUACAGGUUCAAAGACAGCUUUGAUGAGGAAUUCUGCAUGUCAAAAUUCUUUGCUAACAAAGAACUGCAAGUAAACAGAGAAGUGUAGGAUUCUUGAAACUCAAGACUUUUGUAUAUGUGGCAUAUUUGCAUUAUUCUAGUCUUCUUUGCUUAUUAUUUUGUGAUUGAUAAAUUGAAUCAUGUAAAUGCGUGAAAAUAAAAUUGGGCAUGUAUG